AACUUGAGGUGUCUCUACCUGCUCCUCGUCUCCCUGUCCCAGACAUGGGACAGUGCAGAGGACCACAGUGAGAAUGAAGACAUCAUGAAGAAAGGAGACACCUCUGACACAAAGGACAGUGACAAACCCCGGGGCCGUAAACGAGGCGCMGCCUCCAGUAACCUUGACGACAACCCUUCUCCUAAACCCAAGCGCGGCCGCAAGAAGGCAGCAGCAGUAGUCGACCCCGAGGACCAAUGGGGAGAGGAGUCCCGACUCGGCGACGCCCAGACGGAAGACGAGCAGAACAGCCCGCCCAAAAAAGGGCGUAGGGGGCGGUCCACGAAGGCUGCAGCAGCCAAUCAGGAAACUCCAGCUAAGGGGAGGGGGCGGGGUCGGAAGAAGGCAACUCCUCCCCCUGAAGAAGAGGAUGAGGGAGGAGAGGAGGAAGAAGAGGAGGAAGAGGAAGAGGAGGAGAAUAUCGAGUUGAAGACUAAGGGAGGAAGACCAGCGCGGGCGGCAAGGAGAUCGACACAAAGUUCUGAGUCUGCUGAGUCCACCCCAGUGAAGAAGAGAGGACGGCCGGCCAAGGCAGCAGCACAGCCCGCCAAGAAACAACCAGCGUAAGUGUGUGUGUGGUGUGUGU